AUGUCGUCCAUUAGUUACCUCAGACACUCACCGUCCACGGGAAGCGAGCCCGAGACGGAAAGCACGACUGAUUUCCUGUCCACGUCAGAAAGCAGCGACAACCCGUCCGAAACCAGCAGCGACCGCGACUUUGUGGUGUCCGAUACAGAAACGUUGUCACGACGUUCAUUCAGUGACUACUCAACCGAGAACGGCAUCAGCGACAAUGCCGAUGACAUAUCUAUAGAAAGCGUAAACUUUGCUCUCUCCCUUAUGAUACACCCAAACCGCAGCGCGCUGACCUUGGCCAGCCUCAUAUCCACCGCUUAA